GGCUGGGCGUUCCACAGGCCCAGUGCUCUGCGCUCGGUGGGUGCCAGCCAGCGAGAGCCAGCCGGGUAGCAGGACAGGCACCGAGGGGGCGCGGCCCGACGAGACGGACGAGCGAGCAGCAGUCGCAGCCCGCGGCCAGACAACCAGCGCAUUGGCAAUGGAGCGCCUGGUCUCCCGCCGCACGGUCCCGCUGGUGGUGCGCAGCAGCGCCUGCCGCAGCCUCUUCGGGCCGGUGGACCACGAGGAGCUGAGCCGCGAGCUGCAGAUCCGCCUGGCCGAGCUGAGCGCCGAGGACCAGCGUCGCUGGGACUACAACUUCCAGCAGGACAUGCCGCUGCGGGGCCCCGGGCGCCUGCAGUGGACCGAGGUGGACAGCGACUCCGUGCCCGCCUUCUACCGCGAGACGGUGCAGGUGGGGCGCUGCCGCCUGCUCCUGGCGCCUCGGCCCCGCCCGGUCGGCAACGUGGCGAAAGCGCUGGAAGGUUCUCCCAGCCGGGACAGCUGGGAGCAUCCCACGUCCGCACCCCUGCACGAGCCCUACGGAGGGCAGAGGCCCGGCCGCCCGCUCUCGGCUCUGACCGCUGUUUACACGGACAGUCUUUAG